AUGGGUAAAGAAAGAACGAACACUAUUGUUGAAGAAAAGGAGUGGGAUCUGAGUAUACUGAAAGAGGGAAAUACCUCUCAUGAAUUGAAUCUAACAAUGAAACAUUCAAAUAAAAGUUCAGAAAAAAUAAUUAUAGACUCAGGAGCAACACUAAAUAUUAUAAGAACUAAGAAAAUUCUAUGUGAAGUUAAAGAUGUUGAACCAAAAUUAAUAACGUAUGGAAAUGGACUAACAACCAAAAUAAAAAAAUGGGUAACAUAA